GCCCAAAUUCACGUCUAGACACGUGGAGUUAUACAACGCCUCGUAAUAAUACCAUUGCAAAAACAUAAAAUAAAUAUUAAAAAAAGCCCAUACAUCUUAUAUUAUUAUUACUAUUAAAUAGUAUAAUAAUAAAAGAAGGGUAUUAUAAUUGCUCUUCUUUCUCUCUCUCUCUGUAAGACAGAGUCUAUAGCAGCAGGCAGCUCAUUCUUUCUUCCUUCCUUCCUUUUGGGGCUAAACUAAAUACAAUUCACAUCGGAAACAAAUAUUCCUGACAGACAAACGAACCCUAAAGCGAGAGCAAUCCCCCACCCACGUUUUUAUUUUAAUUUGAUGAUCCUUUGAUUUAUCGAUGGAGAUGGAGAACCAUCGCCCCGGCGGCGGAAGCUUCACCUAUAUGGGCCGCAAAUUCAGCGAUUUAAGUGUCAACGACUCCUCCUCCGCUUUCAGCGAUUGUAACAGCGACAGAUCCGGCGAAUUUCCCACUGCUUCCUCCGAAAGCCGUCGUCUCCUUCUCUCUUGCUCCUCUGACAAUUCCGAUGAUCUCAUCUCUCAUCUCGUUUCGCUUCUCGAUUCCUCCUCCUCCGAUAACGACCAGAGGAAACAGGCUGCUAUGGAGAUCAGGCUCUUAUCCAAGAACAAACCUGAGAACCGGAUCAAAAUCGCCAAAGCCGGUGCCAUCAAGCCUCUGAUUUCUCUCAUCUCCUCUUCCGAUCUUCAGCUCCAGGAGUACGGUGUCACCGCGAUCUUGAACCUCUCUCUCUGCGACGAGAACAAAGACCUCAUCGCUUCUUCCGGUGCUAUUAAGCCUCUCGUCAGGGCUUUGAAAAUGGGAACCCCCACGGCUAAAGAGAACUCCGCCUGUGCUCUCCUCCGUCUAUCUCAGGUCGAGGAGAACAAAGUCGCCAUCGGAAGAUCCGGAGCCAUCCCUCUCCUUGUGAACCUUCUGGAAACGGGAGGAUUCAGAGCGAAGAAGGACGCCUCCACGGCUCUCUACUCGCUCUGCUCGGCUAAAGAGAACAAAAUCAGAGCCGUGCAAUCUGGGAUUAUGAAGCCGUUGGUGGAAUUGAUGGCGGAUUUCGGAUCUAAUAUGGUGGAUAAAUCGGCGUUUGUGAUGAGUUUGUUGAUGUCGGUGCCGGAAUCGAAGCCGGCGAUUGUGGAGGAAGGAGGAGUUCCGGUGCUGGUGGAGAUCGUUGAGGCGGGGACGCAGAGGCAGAAAGAGAUGGCUGUGUCGAUAUUGCUACAGCUCUGUGAGGAGAGUGUUGUGUAUCGAACCAUGGUGGCUAGAGAAGGAGCGAUACCUCCGCUAGUGGCUUUGUCUCAGGCAGGAACAAGUCGAGCUAAGCAAAAGGCCGAGGCGUUGAUUGAGCUUCUAAGGCAACCAAGAUCCAUUAGUAAUGGUGGUGGCAGAUCUUCUUCCCAACUCUGAGAUGUUUGAUUGACCCUUUUUUUUUUUUCUUUAGACAUUUUCUUCUUCUUCUUCUUCCCUUUUGUUUUUAUCUUUUUACACUCUUUUUUUUUUCUUUUUUUUACUGUUAAUGCGAAGAUACAAACAAUCAGAAAAGGGAAAGUAAAAAAAAAUGUAAAUAGUUUAUAUGUAGAAAAUUAGUGGGCUUGUAAUUUUACAUAUAUCUUGAGUUUGGCUUCUUCUUUUGUGA